CUGUGCCUAAAUAAGUUUUUUCCUAUCAGGUUUUUGAGUCUAAGCUGUGUGGUUGAUAUGAAUAGCUUUGAUAGAGCAAAGCCCUUCGUUGCUGUUAUGUUCUUGCAAGCUGGGCUUGCAGGGAUGGAUAUUCUGUCCAAGGCAGCGCUGAAUCAAGGGAUGAGCAAUUAUGUGCUUGUGGUCUAUCGCCAUGCCGUUGCCACUGUUGUCAUUGCCCCCUUCGCAGCAAUUCUAGACAAGAAACUCAGGCCGAAGAUGACCCUCUCAAUCUUCAUCAAGCUAGUGGCGCUCAGCUUGCUGGAGCCUGUUAUCGACCAAAACUUGUAUUUUCUAGGGAUGAAGUACACAACAGCAACAUUUGCAGCUGCUAUUGUCAAUGUUCUUCCUGCAAUCACCUUUAUAAUCGCCUGGAUAGUUAGGCUUGAGAAAGUGAAAAUCGGUUCUCUCCACAGCCAAGCUAAGGUGGCUGGGACCAUAGCAACAGUUGCUGGAGCAAUGUUGAUGACACUAAUGAAAGGCCCAUUGAUCGAGUUCUUUCGGAUAAAAGGGAGAGCUUAUCAUGAAAACGGGACUAGUGGAAUUGAUCUCCAUAGCUCAAUCAAGGGUGCACUAAUGAUCACCGUGGGGUGCUUCAGCUGGGCCUGUUUCAUGAUUCUGCAAGCCAUCACACUGAAAUCCUAUCCUGUAGAACUCUCUCUAACGGCUUGGAUUUGCCUGCUUGGCACAAUUGAGGGCACCGUGGUGGCACUGGUAGCAGAAAAGGGAAAACCUUCUGUCUGGGCUAUAAACUGGGAUAUGAAAUUACUUGCAGCCGUCUACAGUGGUGUUUUCUGCUCAGGGCUAGCUUAUUACAUUCAAGGAAUAGUAAUGAAAGAUCGAGGGCCCGUUUUCGUAACAGCUUUCAGUCCCUUGUGCAUGGUUAUUGUUGCUGUCAUGAGCUCCAUCAUUUGGGCUGAGCAAAUGUACCUGGGAAGGAUACUCGGUGCCCUUAUCAUAGUUGCAGGCCUAUAUCUUGUAGUAUGGGGUAAAAGCAAGGACUACAAGACUGCAUCCCCACCGGCUGACGAGCAGACAAUACCAGUAAAGCAAACAACAGUUGCGUGAAGCAAAGGAAAGGACGAUUGGGUUCACGAGGAUACAGAAAUGAAGCAAAAAUGGAAAACAAACUGCGAUUAAGAUUUCGACAUCCAAAGGAGUCGACAAUCCAUCCACCAAGCAAACAUAAUUAUAAGAGAGAAGCAGUAUCAAACAUCUCCAGUUUCCGUAUGCAUCUCCACAACAUCGUCAAAACAGCUUUAGUUUUGUUUUUAACAAGGAAGAACUCAUCAUGCUUUGAGUUUAGUGAAUUAUCCACUACCAAAUAUGUGGAACCGUAUCACUUCUUCAAAUAAUUAAUUGCUCCCAAAUUGUAAAAUGAAAAAUUGCCACAGCUGUAAUCUACGACACCCAUUAUGUUCCUAAGACAAG